GGCGGGGCGGGGGUGCGGCCUCCCCUCCCCUCCCCGUCGGCGGGAGGGAGCGGCUGCGGCGGGACGCGAGGCCGCCAUGAGGUAGGCAGGAGCCCCCUGUAGCCGAGUGAGGCAGCAUGGCAAUGUUCUUGGGGGCCAGGAAUGCCCACUCGGUCCUGAAGCGCUUUCCUCGAGCCAACGGCUUCCUGGAGGAGAUCCGGCAGGGCACCAUCGAGCGGGAGUGCAUUGAGGAGGUUUGCAGCUAUGAGGAGGUCAAAGAAGUGUUCGAGAACCAGGAGAAGACGAUGGAGUUUUGGAAGGGCUACACCAACUCAGUCUACUCUGUCAAGGACCCCGGGCACAGCACGGAGCGCUCAGACGCUAUGUACGUGGUAGUGCCCCUCUUGGGAGUGGCUCUUCUGAUAGUCAUCGCCCUCUUCAUCAUCUGGAGGUGCCAGCUUCAGAAGGCCACCCGCCACCGCCCUUCCUAUGCCCAGAACCGUUACCUGGCCAGCCGAACGGGACGCAGCCUCCCCAGGGUCAUGGUGUACCAGGAGCGGUCGCAAAGCCAAGGGGAAACGCAGUAUCAGCGAGAAGCGAGCAACCGGGUGGCUGGAGAUGGCAGAGCUGGGGGCACCCCCCAGCAAGAUGGCACCCUCUACCUGCCGGAGCAUUCGGUCUCCGUCCUCUCCAGACUGUCCAGUGCCACCCCUCCGCCUUCCUAUGAGGAGGUGACGGGGCACCUGGAGAGCAGCAGUGGCGAAGAGACCAGCGUCUCCUACAAUGACCCGCCGCCCAAGUACGAAGAGAUUGUGGCCAGUGCCCCUGCUGCAGGCAAAUAGUGGGUCUGCCUCCCUCCUGCCUCUUCACACACUUGUACUUACCCACCCACCCUCCCUUCGCUGUGCCCGGGACCCCCUGCAGGUGCCACUGGGCACCCUGUCUCACCUGUACAAGCUGGUGCCAUCACACAGUAGCCUUACCUUCCUAACCAAAAAUAGCUGUCCCCAAGUGGGGUGAGGCUGGGCUGCAAGGAUGGCUCUGGAGCCGUCCAGCCAUCUCCUGGCCCUCACUCCCUGCUCACGUAAGUGCUGUAGCAGCCAGAGCAGAGUGGGAGCUUGUUCCUGGCUCAGUGUGGGGGUCUCCCCGUGAUGCAUUUGAUUUCCUCACUUCCCCCUCAAACAGACAUAACAUUUUUCAUGAUUAAAAUAGCCUCGCUGCCUCCCCGGGGCACUGCUCAGCCUUACCCCAUGUCCUCGCUGGGCCCUGUUUUGCUGCGAGGGGCUCUGAUUAGGAGUUGGGGAUGCAGGAGCUGUGCGGUGAAUUUCUGCCAAUCCCCACAGUCGGUGCCCAUGCUCUGUGGUUGGGGACAAAGUGCUUCCCUUGAGUGGAUUUGCUGCCAGGUGGGAGUGGGGAGCCUGGUCCAUCCUGUGGUGCCUGUAGCAAUACUCACUGUCUGGAGAUCAGGGAAGAGCAGGCAGGGAGGUGCUCUCUGAUCUCCUAAAUCCCUUUGGAAAGGGGGAAAGGCUCAUGGUGGUCUUGUACAUGAGGUAAGUGACUUUGGAGUAGCAGGUCCAUUUCCCAAUGCUCUUUGCUUUCUCCCUGUGGGGUGCUGGGCAGCUGGAGGUCUGGCUGCAGCGGAGCUGGCCGGCAGGGUCAUCUCUUACCUUGACCAAACGUGGUCCUGUGACUUUGAGCGGUGGGGAUGCUCCUCUUUCGUGGAGCAUAGCCUGUCCCGUGUCUGCCCCAGAGGUGGGGUGCCAGCACAGGGAGCCUGCAGAUGGGCCAAACCUCCCCUCUCCUUACCCCAAACCUCUCCAUCUUGCCUGGCCUCUCUUUGUCCUCCAGAGCAGGUAAAGGGGAAUGUGAAACCCCAGACUCCUCCAGGCCCCUCUGGUGAGCAGAGUGCUUGGUGGCCGUGGCAUGGGAGGGCCUGCUGACAGAAGUGGCUGCAGAGGUGAGAGCUGACUGAUCAACCACGCCACGAUCUGGCGAUGCCGGUGGGUCAGGAGUAGGGCCAGACCCUGACUGGGUGGUUGUGGUGCCAGGGCAGAGAAGAGCCAGUGUCCCCUUUUCUUGGGCAGCUGCUUUUGGGGUCCAAGCAAUGGAGCUGUCUUUGCCCAGGCACGUCUGAUGGGUUAAAAAGGGGAUUGCGCUCACCAACCCCCCAGGAGUAGCCGAGAAGCUCCCAGCACUGCCACCCCUCCUUGUUCACCCCAGCACCAGUGUCUCCAGCACAGAAAGGCUAUUGUACAUCCACCGGCCGCCUGCCCACCGCCCGGUCCCAGCAGUGCUCUCACAGCGGGUGCUUCAGCCCAGGGCUGAGGCUUGCUCGGUGCGGCUGUUCCUGGGGCGGGACACGCGGGGCUCGAAGCUGCUGGCACCUCGUCUGUCCCCUCCCAGACCUUUAGUCUGCCUUUCGGCCUUAGCAAAUCUGGGUUAUGGGAAGACCUGACAGCGAGCAUUGGGGUCAGAGCCUGGAAAAAGACCAGAGGGAGCCAGAAGGGCACUCUGCAUCCUCUGUCUUUGAUGCUCGGUCAUUAUCCCUGCAGUUUGUAUUCUGUAAAACUUGGUAUAUUUGUGCAAAAAAAGGUAUUUAUUAAAAAAACCCUCACUGUC